AUGCCAGCGGGAAGAUUCCCUUCGCCGAGCCAAACCAAGCAGCAGGACCUGCCAGUGCCGCCAGGCCAGCGGCCUCCAGCUCCGCUCAACGUGCCCCGGCUCAACCCCCCCGCCAAACCGUCUCCCAAGUAUCCCAGCGGAGAGAGCAUCCAUCUUCCCGAGAUUGCCACGGACAGCGAAGACGAGGACGACUCAGACUCCGAAAUGUUCCCCGUUCCCAAAUGGGCCCAAGCCAAAGAACUUAACGACCUGCUCGUGAUACAAGAUAAAAUGGAAGCGGAUUCAAUCUUCGGCCCCAUCGCCCCAUUCUCCCUCGAGGAAACCUUCAAAGCCGACAAGAAGAUCAAGAAGUUCCGUGACCGCACUAGUAGCGCAAACUGGUCUGGUCCAGAUGGUCUUACCCAGGAAGAGAUUCGCAAGGACCGGGCCGAGCGCCAACGUCUCCGUCUCAACGGUGGAUGGUCCUUCGAGACCUAA